UCGUCAUGGCAGUGCGCUCUCGUAAAGUGAUAGCGCUGUCGUGCCGUUAUCCUGAAGCGCUUUAAAUGAACUUUAAACUUCCUAAAUGUCGGACUCCGGCUUAUUUACCAUCGAGAAACUCGGGUGUCACAGUAUUUUGUCAAAACCGGCGACGUGAUCAGAAAAAGACUGCUCAAACACAAGGUACGAAGUUAUCUGUUAGCUCGUAAGUUAGCAACAUCGACAGUGAUCGAACGUCAACGUAUCAGUGGAGUUGGUUGGCUGGUGUGUUACACGUCUCCUGUGGCUCUGUAACAGCUCUGUUGUCUGGACUAAAUGUGUGCUGUCCGCCGUACUGUCAACACUGGAUCUUUCAAACUCGUUUUGAACACUACUGUGAAACCCAAAGAAAGAUAAUUUGGGAAUUAUUCUGUUCUACUGACUUACAUAUGAUCGUUGUCUUGUUGAGCACAUAUAUUCACCCUGUCCUAUUAAUAACUAAUAAGUCCACUAACAGGUUCCAGCAACAAAUCAUUAGCAGGUACUGUGGUGAAAAGAAAAAGCUGUCAAAGCUCUAGUAACUGAAGUGAUUCUAUUCUGUUUACAGUUUUCCGUAUCCAAACUGUAUGUGGAGUCUGAAAAUGGGUUUCUGGCAUCCAGUGUCUAACCUAAGAGAUUAUGUAGCCCAAAAUCCUCCAGGGGUGACAUUUUUCCUGUGUCUAUUGAGUCUGGCUAUCUCUUUCAUCUGCCUGAGCUCUUACAGCUACACUCACACUCUGCCUAAUCCUGACACAGAAAAGGACUGGAACCAUCUACUUUCCUCUUUAUCAGAGUUCCAACUCUGUAUGAAAGCCAAUGCAAAUUCAUCUGACCUUGUCUCACCAGUUCCUUCUCCUCUUAUGGAGCAGGAAAAGGAUAGAGAGAUUUCAGUUAACACUACGAGGACUUCUUCUUCUUCAGUUACCCAUUUGCAUCUCAAGGUUCCUCUGACUGUGAGUGCUAGCUCAGCCAGCGGGUCUGUUACAGACCUUGGUCUGCACACUACCUUGACAGCCAGUCAACUAGACCUUGGAGGCAAUGAGACAAUUAAUGUGACUCUAGAGUUUCUGUCUGGAAAUAGUACCCACACCUGCCUCACCAUUAGUGCCCCAACACACCUCCUGCCCAUGAGGCUACUUCCUCCAGAGUGUCCAGCAACUGACAAAAAUACUUCAUCCAUCCAUGUGGAAGCAAGGAACCAGCUGCCCACGGCAUCACAAACCUGCUACAGUUUACACUCCAAGAAUGACCCUACACUCACUGUCAUGUUAACGCAGGAGGAGCAGAGUGUGGCGGUGCGUCAUCUGUUGGAAGUCAGUGUGUUUCUGCUGGGAGUUUGUUUGAUACUCUGUUUAACUGCUAGUCUGACACAUUCACUCACACGCCGCUACCACUGGAAUGGACUGGACCUACAAAAUGACCCAUUGAUUGACACCUGAACAUUUUUCAUUCUCUGCAUCUUGAAGAGAUCAGUUGGUGGUUGAGAGAGAAGAGCUGUAUGUGUCACUGCUUUUAAUGGGGCCAAUGUUAUGAAUGUGCAAUACUAAAUCAGAAGAGCAUCCCUGUUAUAUGAUACUGAAAUUUUGUAUAAAAUCCAAGUAAGAUAUGAUUGUGGUAAAGAGAGACUAUAUUUUGUUAUUGGACCAUAACAUUGUACAUAAUAUUGGAACAACUCGAAAUGCCUGUAUUGUUGACUGGUCAUAUAUUCAGUUUGUUAUGCACAGUGCAUUCCAGGAGUUAUUUGCUUUCUGAACUGCCUUGUCUACUUCAUUUCCCACAUUUCCAAGAAUUAUUCUCAGUAACUUGUGGAAAGUGGACAUUAUCUGGUUGCAUUCAACUGAGUGAGGGCUUAAUAUACUAAGUAUUUUUCUUCCAGUAGGAAAUCUAAAUUUAGUAUUAUUUUAAACUGCAACAUUUAGUAUAACAUAUUGUAUUCCUAUCAACAGGUGGACUAGGUUCGUUUGCAUGUUUACCACUUUAAUUUACAUGUCUGAUAUUGAAAGCUAAGGCCAAGAGUUAACAGCACGUUAUGUGCAGUAAAGUGUGUGCAUGGAAAUUACCUGUGUUACUUUGUUCUUGACAUUUAUUACUUCAGUCUGUCCAGGAUUUUCUGCACUAACAAAUCAGAAACAGGGGAUUUCUGUCAAGAAGGCAUCCUGUUUUCAAACAGUAUUUACCUAGUUUCAGCAGGAAUGAAACAUGAGGUGAAUGGUGAUGGUAAUGGUGAAAAAUGUAAACACUAGUUUUCUAUUUUGAAUGUGACUGGACUUAAUGGGCUUUUCUUGGAGUGUCUUUUUGCAAGUGACUUAACACCUGUUGCUUUUGAGGUCCUGCAGGCGAAAUAAAGCUAGUGAUGUUAAUACUAAAAUCUUGACUUGAUGUAC